AUGGUGGUGCUAUCAGCUGCCAUCGUGAAGAAGGAUAAGACGUUGGUAGCACGCCAGUUUGUGGAGAUGACUCGGCUCCGGAUCGAGGGCCUGCUGGGAGCUUUCACAAAGCUCAUCGACACCGGCAAGGACCACACCUUCGUCGAGACGGAGUCCGUCCGCUACGUCUACCAACCCAUGGAGGCCUUGAACCUCGUUGUCAUUACAAACAAGGCCAGCAACAUCCUGGAGGACUUGGAAACUUUGCGGCUGCUGGCCAAGGUAGUGCAGGACUGCUGCGAGAUCCAGGUCUCCGAGGAGAACGUGCUCAAGCACGCCUUCGACAUAGUUUUCGCCUUCGAUGAGGUUAUCUCCUUCGGCUACCGCGAAAGUGUCACACUCUCCCAGAUUAAGACCUACACGGAGAUGGACAGCCACGAAGAGAGGUUGCACAUGAUGGUGGAGCAGAGCAAAAUAAACGAGGCCAGAGAAAUGGCCAAGAAGAAGCAGAUGGAGCUUGCCAAGCAGCGCGCACUCCAGCCGAAGGACGCCGCAGGGCCCGGCUUCGGCAGCGACUCGUUGCCUGGCAUCGGUCCCAGCAGCAUGGGAGGCGGCUCCUUCCAGGACACGAUGCCAUCGAUGGGAGGAGGUGCCUCCUUCGGCAACGACAGCACCGCGCCCUGGACGAGCUCCAUGGUGGAGGACACCGGGCCUGCGCCGUUGAAGCCUGGUGCACCGAAAAAGGGUAUGGCGCUGGGCAAGAAAAAGAAUGCAGAUGUGCUUGGCAGCAUGGGCAUUCCGGAGCCCACACCGUCUCCGGAGGCCGUUGCUGAAGAGCCUGCAGCUGCUCCGGCAUACAAUCCUUUGAUGGAUCCCGUUAGAGUGGACAUCGAGGAGAAGAUUACCGCGGACCUGCAAGUGGAGGGCGGGUUGGAAGGUGAAGCCGUCUGCACUGGCCAGUUCCAGGUGACGGUGCUCGAUGCCUCCAAGGCAGACCUCGCUGCCUUCAGGUUGGCCCCGCAGAACCAGGAGUUCAGGUACAAGAUUCACCCGAACCUGAACAAGACGUCGCAUGCAAACAACGUCUUGGAGGUUCGAGAGGCUUCUCGGGCCUACAGGGCGAAUGCGCCGGUUCCACUCGUCAAGUGGCAGUUCAAGAGCAGCAAUGAAGAUUUUUUGCCUGUGCAGAUCAGCUGCUGGCCAUCCACUACAGCAGAUGGCACGCAGAUCGUCGUAGAGUUGGAGCUGACCGACACGAGCGUCACGCUCGAG